GGAAGGACAAAUCAAAAUCAACCAAACGCAGCUUCAGCGCGUCGCUUUCACGUCACAUCCUACGAUGUCCCAGAGUUCACUGCGCGUCUGAGCGGAAGAAGCGGAGGUCUGCAGUUCAAGAAAGGACAUACAAGCUACCAAGAGCUGAUCAAGAUGGCAGAGAUGGAAGAGAAGAUCAAGAACUACAGGACGGCUCCAUUUGAUGCCCGGUUCCCCAACACCAACCAGACACGAAACUGCUUCCAGAACUACUUGGACUUUCACCGAUGCAACAAGGCGCUGACGGAGAAAGGCCAGGAUAUCUCUCCGUGUCAGUGGUACCAGAGGGUCUACAAGAGCCUCUGCCCCAUGAGCUGGGUUGGCAAAUGGGAUGAGCAGAUAGAGGCAGGAAGUUUCCCCGGAAGGAUCUGAAAUGGCCCGCCGACUCUCUACUUCCACCUUCCACUUCAAGACUUUCUGUUUCUUGGAGAUUAACCUCUGUAGUGUGAUUAAGUAUAAUAAAUAAUUUAAUCUGAUGUUGCUAUGUUGACAUUUAUAUAUAAACUGAAACACGUACAUGUUUUUUUCCUGUUCAAUAAAGUCUGGAGUUUCCCCCCAAACCUUCAACUUCGCACU